AUGACGCAGCCCGAGCCGACUGUCGGCAACGAUGGCCCUCGCCAAAAGGGCCGCGCGACGCCCGAGACCAUCAAGGUCGGCUGCAUCGCCUGGGUCGAGAAGAACGGCGUGCCCCGCCGCGCCGAGAUCCUCAGCAUCAAACAGACCAAGAGCGGACGGCAGUUCUACUGUAACUUUGACAACUUCAACAAGCGUCUCGACGAAUGGGUGCCGCUAGCGCGUAUCGAUUUCGACCAGGACGUCGAGUGGCCCGGCGUCGAGAAGGAGAAGCCGGCCAAAGACACGAAGAAGAAGGGCGCCGUCGCGACGUCGAAAAAGACCCAGGGCAACAAGAAGGCGCAGAAGAGGCCUGGCAAGAGAGAGCAGUCUGUGGCGUCGGCGUCCGAGGUCAACACGCCGCAGCAUCCAUGGACCGAUUUCGUCGAUUCGCAGCAGGGGCGCAAGGCCACGCCGGCCGAGGAGAGUCAGGCGCCGACGCCCGCUGCUGCGGACACCACCUCGACGCCCGCUGCAGGUGGUGACGAGAUGGAGGUGGACGGCGACGAGGGUGCUGCCGCGGCGGACCAGAAGAACGGCGAGGUCAACGGCUUCAGUCGCGACGCGGAGAUUGAAAAGCUUAGGACACACGGCAGUAUGACGCAGAACCCAGCCGAGAUCUCUCGAAUCCGAAACAUCUCCAAAGUGCAGUUCGGCAAACACGAUCUGUUCCCUUGGUACUUUUCGCCGUACCCCGAAAUUUUUGGCGCAGAGGAUGUCAUGUACAUCUGCGAGUUCUGCCUGGGAUACUACGGGGACCUCAAGUCGUUCACGCGGCACCGCAUCAAGUGCACCCUGCAGCACCCGCCUGGCAACGAGAUCUACCGUGACGACUCGAUUUCUUUCUUUGAAAUUGACGGACGAAGGCAGAGGACAUGGUGUCGCAACCUCUGUUUGCUGUCAAAAAUGUUCCUUGACCAUAAAACGCUCUACUACGACGUCGACCCUUUCCUAUUCUACGUCAUGACGACCAGAGACGACAAGGGCUUUCACUUUGUUGGUUACUUCUCCAAAGAAAAGGAAAGUGCAGACGGUUACAAUGUGGCCUGUAUUCUCACGCUACCGCAAUACCAGCGAAAAGGCUACGGUCGUCUCCUCAUCCAGUUCUCGUAUGAGCUCUCCAAGAUUGAAGGCCGCCUCGGUUCUCCCGAGAAGCCUCUGUCCGAUUUGGGUCUUCUGAGUUACAGACAGUACUGGGGUGAGAAUAUCAUUGAUCUGCUGCUCGGGCUCAAUGAGCGCGAAGACAAGGCGACCAUCGAGACCAUUUCUACGCAACUGUCAAUGACGACGCAAGAUGUCGAGCACACACUCGGCGCACUGAGGAUGCAGAUUUACCACCGUGGCGAACACAAGAUCGUGAUUCCGGAAAAGCUGGUGCAGCAGAGGGAGAAGCAGAAGACGAAGAAGAGGCGCCUCAUCGAUCCAACGCGGAUACAGUGGAAGCCUCCCGUCUUCUCCGCAUCGAGUAGGACGUGGGCAUGGUAG